GUUGUUUUUGUGCUUAGCUUUUUUUUUCUAUUUAACAAAGUAAUCAAAAUACGCUAAAAAGAUUCGUCUUUUGCCGUGAUUUGGUGCUUCGAAGGGAGCAGAAAGUUUGGAAAUUUUAUUGGAUUGAAUAUGUCGCCAAACGUUGUGCAGAUAUGUAAGUGAUUGAAUAAUUGAGUUCAAUUAAAUGAGUUUCAGUCCACUGCUAAAUGGUUGAUGAAGAAGUGAAGUUUGUAUGAAAGUGUGUAAUGGAGUACGUAUAAAAAAAUGUUCAAUUGAUUUUCAGGCUAAUUAUUUACCUGAAUGCUGAUUGUAGGCAGAAGUCACUGUGAACGCAUACGGCACCAUACAAUAUAAGCAAGAGCACAUACGAAAUUUAUAAAAUAUUGCCAACUCAGAAAGGUAGUCGGCGUUUGGACCAUUCCAAUAGCAAAGGACCUAAUCGCGUUUCAAAAUUUUGUUUGUAACGUUAAUUGCAGUUGUAGUUGCAAUUGUUGCCGCAGUCCUUUUGGAAAUUCGCGAGUGGGCAACUGAUGUAACUACAUGUUACUCCAUGGCACAUUUCACUUGGUAUAACAAACACAACCUGCCUCAGUCAAGUGUCAGUCGAGCUGACACCGAACAUCAUGUACCGCUGUGUUCCAUCACUGAUGUGCAGCUGAGAUUUCUAGUACCGGACGACUUAACCGAGGUACGAACAUUGUGUCAAGAUUGGUUUCCCAUUGAUUAUCCGCUGUCAUGGUACGAGGAUAUUACGUCGAGUUCGCGUUUCUUUGCGCUUGCUGCUGUCUACAAUCUGGCCAUAAUCGGAUUAAUUGUAGCUGAAAUUAAACCAUAUAGAAAUCUAAACAAAGAGGAUAAAGGGAUUUUACCGGAUUCGAUGGGGCGUAAUGCUGAUAUAGGGUAUAUACUAUCUUUAGGAGUGCAUCGGAAGCAUCGGCGUAACGGGAUUGGCUCACUGUUGUUGGACUCGUUGUUGAAUCACUUAACGACCGCUGAGCGGAAUUCGGUCAAAGCAAUUUUUCUACAUGUGCUAACCACAAAUCAACCUGCCAUACUGUUUUAUGAGAAACGGAGAUUUCACUUGCAUUCCUUCCUUCCAUAUUAUUACAAUAUACGGGGAAAAGGGAAGGAUGGUUUUACCUAUGUCACUUACAUCAAUGGAGGACAUCAACCAUGGACAAUAUUAGAUCACAUCAAACAUUAUGCAUCGAAGCUUAGACAUGCAGGUGCAGUCUUCACAUGGAUUUCUACGCGACUGAGGCAAGUUGUGCGUUGGAUUUGUCAUAAAACAGUGUCACGUUUUAAUUUUGCACAUUAAGUACAUCAACAUUUUUCACCGUAAACCCACUGCUGCACCAUGUGGUAUACACGAAGAAAGGAAACAAAUCCAAAUCUGUAGAUAUAUAAGUAUUUAUAGUACGGUGCUAGAGUAAUAGCGAAUAGGAACAGAGUAUGUUUUUAGUUAUUCAGUGUGAAUGAUAGGCGCAAGUUUUUUUUUUUGUUUAAAACAAAUAUGCAAAUGUAAUCAUGGUACAUUGUUGACUGCGUCCAUACAUACAACCACAUACAUACAUGCAUAUACACAUUGACAUGCAUUAAAACUUACUCUAAGUAUAUGCAUACAUAUAUAAUUUGUAAGUAAUUAAAUUUUAUAAGUAAGUUCUUACAUACAUAGGACAAGUUUGUAUCACUCACCGAACACUCACCACCUUGAAGUCAUGUAAAGUCAUAUUUCCCUUGUUAUUUCGUCGAUUUAAAAUGUUUAAAAAUAUGUUUCUUUGAAUAAUCAUUUUCGAAAUAUGCACAACACAUUAACACAAUAUUUACACAUGCGUUAAUGCUAUAGGUUAAUUUAAGAAAGGUUUUAUUUAUUAUAACAAACAAUUGUAGUCAGUUUAACACAUUCAUUUUUAAUAAUAUUUUUAACUUCAGUUUUUUUUUGUAAUUUUUUAUGCUUGUAUUGUUUCAUAUAAUUACCAUAGUUUAUUAUUGUUAAAUGAUUCGUAUUUAAAUCGAUGGUCUCUCUGUUAAAUAGUAUAAUUUUAUUCAGUUUCAGGUCAUAAAGUACAAUAACCGAGCAUCAAUAAAGACAGUGUGUUAAAAAUAA